CGGGGUAGGUUUGCAAAAGGGAGGUAGCUAGCUCGCUAGCUGUCUUUAGGUGACAAGACUGAGGGGAAAGCAGAAAAUACUCAAGUAGCAAGCUCGCUGGCUAUAUCAUAAAGACGUACGAACAAACCCAACCAGAAAGACCCAUUUCGGAAGUGUAUUCAUCCCUGUCCAGUCGGGUCCAGCUGGAGAAGAUGGUGAAGCCGGACGUUCACACGCUGGCCCACCACCUGAAGCAGGAGCGGCUCUACGUGGCCUCGGAGAAGCAGCUGAUCCAGAGGCUGAACGCAGAGGUCCUGAAGACGGCCGAGAAGCUCUACCGGGCCGCCUGGAUCGCCAAGCAGCAGCGGAUCAACCUGGACCGCCUCAUCCUCACCAGUGCGGAGGCGUCCCCAGCAGAAUGCUGCCAGCACGCCGGGGUGCUGGAGGACACGCAGUUUGUCGACGGCUACAAGACGCUGGGCUUCCAGGAGAGCGUGUAUGGGGAGUUCCUGAGCCGGCUGAGGGAGAACCCGCGGCUGGUGGCCUCCUGCCUGGUGGCGGGGCAGCGGCUGAACCAGGAGCCCGCACAGGGCGUGGUGCACAGCGUCUUCACCUCGCUCUAUGGGAACUGCAUCAUGCCUGAGGACGAGAGCUACCUGCUGCAGGUGCUGCGGUACCUGAUCGAGUUCGAGCUGAAGGAGAGCGACAACCCCCGCCGUCUCCUCCGCCGGGGCACGUGCGCCUUCAGCGUCCUGUUCCGCCUCUUCACCGAGGGCCUGUACGCCGCCAAGCUCUUCCUCACCGCCACCCUCCACGAGCCCAUCAUGCACCUGCUGGUGGAGGACGAGGACCACCUGGAGACGGACCCGGCCAAACUGACCGAGCGCUACACCCCGGCCCAGCAGGAGCGCCUCUUCGGGGAGAAGGGCUCGGAGGGCUACCGCCGCAAGGUGCAGGCGGCCGUGGAGGUCAACGAGGCCAAGCUGGUGAGCCUGGUCAACAAGUUCAUCGGCUCGCUGCGGCAGAACACCUACUGCUUCCCGCACGGGCUGCGCUGGGUGGUGUCGCAGAUGUACCGGACGCUGUCGCGGGUGGAGCGGCUGGAGGUGGCCGAGGUGCGGAGCAUGUGCACCCACCUGCUGCUCACCUGCUUCAUCUGCCCCGCCGUGGUCAACCCCGAGCAGUACGGCAUCAUCUCCGACGCGCCCGUCAACGAGGUGGCCCGCUUCAACCUCAUGCAGGUGGGGCAGUUGCUUCAGCAGUUGGCCAUGGCAGAUGCUGAUGAAGCAGAUCCUCGUCGGAAGAGCGGCCUGUCCAAGUUUGAUAAAAGCUGUGUGGCUGCCUUCCUGGACGUGGUGAUUGGUGGAAGGGCUGUGGAGACCCCGCCCAUGUCCACGAUGAACCUGCUUGAGGGCCUGAACCGGACAGUUGUGUACAUGACGCACAACCAGCUGCUCGCUCUGGUGGAGUUUGUGCGGAGCGUGAUGACGGGGGACCAGCUGUCUGAGGAGGAACGCCUAGCCCUGGAGACUCUUCUGGCCACUAUCCCACAAUCCCACGCGGUGAAGAGCAACAGCCUGGAGCUGACCCCCUCCAACACCCCACAGCUCUCCCCGGCCACCACCCCCGCCAACAAGAAGAACCGCCUGCCCAUAGGGCAACAGAUAGCGGCCAUCACCUCCUGGGACCCCUCCUCUGCCACCCUGUCUGCACACAUCCCCUUAGUCACCCCUUUCGCAGCCUCUCGUAGCCGUAGCCGUUCCAACAUUGCCCAGGAGGGGGAGCCAGAGGUCAGCUCCCAGGAGUCCAUACAGGAAGUGGUGCCGGAGGAAGUUCUGGUCAUAUCUUUGGGGACUGCCCCUCAGAUAGUUCCUGGGAUGAUGUCAGAGAACGUGGUCCUGCAGAUGACCGACGGUGCACAGGGCGACGCCCCGGCAGAUGACACCAAGCUCCACGGCAAACCGGACAAAACGCUGCGCUUCUCCCUCUGCAGCGACAACCUGGAGGGCAUCUCUGAAGGUCCGUCCAAUCGCUCGAACUCCGUGUCGUCCCUGGACCUGGAGGGCGAAUCGGUGUCGGAGCUGGGGGCGGGGCCGUCCGGGAGUAACGGCGUGGAGGCUCUCCAGCUGCUGGAGCACGAGCAAGCCACCACUCAGGACAACCUGGACGACAAGCUGCGAAAGUUUGAGAUCCGGGACAUGAUGGGCCUGACGGACGACCGCGACAUCUCGGAGACGGUGAGCGAGACGUGGAGCACGGACGUGCUGGGCAGCGACUUCGACCCCAACGUGGAUGAGGACCGCCUGCAGGAGAUCGCUGGGGCGACGGUGGAGAGCAUGCUGGGUAGCCUGCUCUGCCUCCCCGGCUCGGGACCGCUGCUGCUGGACCCCUACGGCUCCACCAUCUCAGAGACCACCAGCGAGGCCUGGAGCGUGGAAGUGCUGCCCAGCGACUCAGACCGUGUGUUUUGGCCCCCAGAGGCCCCGGACCUGAAGCAGGAGGAGCGUCUGCAGGAGCUGGAGAGCUGCUCUGGGGUGGGCAGCACCUCAGACGACACGGAGGUCAGGGAGGUCAGCUCCCGCCCCAGCACCCCCGGCCUCAGCGUGGUCUCCGGCAUAAGUGCCACCUCGGAAGACAUCCCCAACAAGAUGGAGGACCUGCGGUCGGAGUGCAGCUCGGACUUCGGGGGGAAGGACUCGGUGACCAGUCCAGAUGGGGACGAGUCGGCUCACGGAGGGCACCACUUGACGUCUCCCCCAUCCCAGGCCGAGUCCCUGCUGGCCAUGUUUGAUCCCCUGUCUUCCGGAGAAGGUUCCUCCACGGGCACCAUCGUGAGGCCCAAGGUGCACUGCACCCGGCCACCCCACCCUCCCCCGGACCCCCCUGUGUCAGAGGCGCGGCACUCCCUGUUCGGGCUGCACGGCCUGGCUCAGGCCGAGCGCCACUCCUACCCCGACCGGCUGGUGCGCAGCCGCAGCUCUGACAUCGUCUGCGCCGGCCGCCGGCCCACCAGCGACCCCGGCCUCAACCGCCGGGCCGCCGCCACCGAGGAGCGCGAGCCUGCCUCCGGCUUCUCCCUGGGACCCUCGUCCUCGCCCAGCAAGGACUCGCUGAAAGGAGACGAGGAGAGGAAAGACAGCGAUGAUGAGAAGUCCGAUCGCAACAGACCCUGGUGGAAAAAACGCUUUGUUUCGGCCAUACCAAAAGUGCUGUACUGGACUGCUGAAAGCGAAGGACCAGCUCCGAUGGCGGCGUUCCGGAAAAAGGACAAGCUGGAGAAGGACGACGUGCUGUCCGAGCGCGUCCCUCAAGACGACCCUCUACCCAGACACAACACGCAGGACCAGGCGGCUGAAGAUAUCCUGGACAAGUACAGGAACAUCAAACGCACCAGCCCCAGUGAGAGAGGCACCGCCACAUCGUAUGACAGCCAGGAGGCCUGUGGAGCAGAAGGAGAAAGUGUUCACGACUCUCCCAGAGAGGAGGUUCUACAGAACAUCUCCACAGACGACCUGCCCGACUCAGCCAGCCAGACAGCCCAACCUCAGGACUCCAAGUUCUCAUUCAGUGAUGCAAAGAAGAAGUUGAGACUAGCCCUGUGCUCUGCGGACUCUGUGGUCUGUCCCAUCACGUUCCCGGCCUCUACCCGAAACGGCCUGCCUGACCACGGCGACCAUGAAGACAACGAGAUCGUGUGCUUCCUGAAGGUGCAGCUGGCGGAAGCCAUCAACCUGCAGGACAAGAGCCAGAUGGCGCAGAUCCAGGAGACCACGCGCUGCGUCAGCCGCUUCGACGGCCGCACCUGCAGGAAGCUGCUGGCGGCUAUCGCCGAGGACUACAGGAAGCGGGCUCCCUACAUCGCGUACCUGACCAGGUGUCGGCAGGGCCUGCAGACCUCCCAGGCCCACCUGGAGCGCCUGCUGCAGAGGGUGCUGAGGGACAAGGAGGUGGCCAACCGCUACUUCACUACCGUCUGCGUCCGGCUGCUGCUCGAACACAUGGAGGCCAAGAUGCAGGGCUUCAUCAGAGCGUUCCAGGGCUGCACGGCAGCCGACGACAAGACCGCGUCGGUGGAGGACUUCCUGCGCUACCUCUACGGCGCCAUGGCCCACGAUGCCAUCUGGCAGUACGCCAGCGAGGAGCAGCUUCAGGACGCGCAGAUGGCCAUCGAGCGCAGCGUCAUGAACCGCAUCUUCAAGCUCGCCUUCUACCCCAACCAGGACGGAGACAUCCUGAGAGACCAGGUCUUACAGGAACACAUUCAGCGCCUCUCCAAAGUGGUGACAGCCAAUCACAAAGCUCUUCAGAUUCCAGAGGUGUACUUAAAGGAGGCUCCGUGGCCGUCUGCGCAGUCAGAGAUUCGGACCAUCAGCGCAUAUAAGACGCCGCGGGACAAGGUGCAGUGCAUCCUGCGCAUGUGCUCCACCAUCAUGAACCUGCUGAGCCUGGCCAACGAGGACUCUGUGCCCGGAGCCGACGACUUUGUGCCCGUGCUCGUGUUCGUGCUCAUAAAGGCAAACCCGCCCUGCCUGCUGUCCACCAUCCAGUACAUCAAUAAUUUCUACGCCAGUCGGCUGAGUGGGGAGGAGUGCUAUUGGUGGAUGCAGUUCACCGCAGCGGUGGAAUUCAUUAAGACCAUCGACGACCGCAAGUGAUGCAGAACUGCCACCUGUACGGGCCACCGCCCAGCCAACUGCUCUGGGACCGCGCCCACAUCUCCCCCCCCCCCCCCCCCGCUCACGCCCACGUCUCCCCCCCCUCCCCCCCCCCCCGCUCACGCCUGCUCCCCGUUUGUCACUCUGUAUUGUAUAGCUGUACAUAGAGUAAGAGACAUUUUAGUAUCAAAGAGUAUAUCGUAAUAACAAAAGCAAGGAGGAAAAAGUUGGUUUUACAAGGAACAACCUUGAGCGACUAAAUUGCCCCCCUCUCUCUCCGCCUCUCUUUUUCUGUCUUUUUUUUUUCUUUCUCUCUCUCGGUGAGGGGUUUGGGUGCUCUAUAUCUAAACAGGAUCAUGAAUAUGAUUUAAAAUUUAAUAUUUAAUCCAAUUUAAAAAGAAGGGACCAGAAUUCUUCAGGCUGUUUGUGGGUUCCCUUCCUUCCUGGAAGCCCCUACAGGACACUGCCUACAAGCACUAAGCGUUCUCCUUCCCCAGACACGCAGACCACGGAUGGAAGCAGCCAGAAUAUCCACCUGUGAAACAGAGAGGGUACAGGCUCUCCAGCCAGAUCAAAUGCGUAGGGUUCACUACUUCUGGUUUGUUCACAGAGUAGGUCGCGCUAAACGACGACCACGUUGUGUUUUCAAGUGACCGGUUCUUUUACUCAAAUCACCCGGGAAGCACACGCCAGUCAUUUCUGUUUUAUGGAACAUAACGAGCUGAAAAAAAGAAAACCUUCCCGACUGGACAAAAAACGGCCCCUUGUCUUUAGAUCUAUCUGUAUAUGUUAUUUAAUGCUGUCUGUUUAAUGCUUUAUUGAUAUUUUCCUUUGUCUGGAAAAACACAUUAAAAUGUUACUGCUUGUAUUAAGAUACUGGGCAGAAUGAUGUUAAAGAGGCUGAAUUGAAAACAAAACUAGAGACUGGAUGAGGUGAGCUAUAAGAAGAAAAAUCCCGUUGCCAGAUAGAUCAUCCUAACAAUUUUUAGUGGGUUAGAAGUAUCUUGUGCACAUGAGAAACGGCUUCAUCGGGUUGCUCUGAACAGUCAGCAUUGCGGAUUCGGUGCCUUGCUGGAGAAGGAUUGAGUGCCAGGCUGGUGUGCGGAGAAAGUUCCGGCAGUAGAGGAUGAAAGAUGCCGGCCUUGUUCUCUCGGUGUCUGAAGAAAGCGGCUCCGGGUGCUUUCGUCGGUUCGUAGCACACCACCGGCGGUUUGCUACGUUGCCCUCGUUUUGUCCGCUUCAUGGUUUUUACCCCAUUUAGUUUCCGUAGGUCUGUGUUGGAUUUUCUGGUCAGGCCUUUGCUCGCACACAAAGCGUGCCUCGAGCGUGGACCGUGUCCGUGACCGAACCCUCCCCUGCCAUACCCGCAACCCUGUCAUUGAGGCUACCUCACGAGAACAAAAUCCUUCUGAACAUUGGGAAUCUCAGCUUUUGGCCUAGUUCAUGAAUAUGAAUGUAUAGUUUGUAUUAUAGACUUUAUUUAUUGUUCUGUUUUUUUGGGCAGAGGGACUGGGCUGAGGUGUAUGACUGAGUGGAGUGGCGUGGCGUGAGCGUUAGAAGUAGACUGUGGGCGGGCAAUGGUGCUCUCUUCUGGAGAACACAGAAAGCAGGUCAUGACCUGUGUUAGAGUACUUUUGAGCAUCUUGUCAGAUUAACUUGAGACCCCAGGCACCCUGUUACAAGGCUGAAAAACAAAUCUUCCUUUUCUUUUUCCAAGUUCGUUGCUGGCCCUGGGCACUGCAAAUCCGAAUCCAUCAAUUUGGCUUGUAUCCUAAAAGCCGCAUUUUACUUGGCUCUGUCGUGCUGGUCAUUUGGUCCAAAGGAGCUGUGUGUCUUUACAACAUCUUUGUAAUUUGCUCACGAACAAUAGAAUUGCAAAAUUGUAUAAUUGCACCCAUAAUAUCCAGGAUGUAAGUACAUCAAUGCGAAAAACAAAAGCGGGGAGAAAAAAAAUGCAGUUGGUCCGUUUAAGUCUACCUCCUUACAACUUAAAGAAAGGGACUGUUAAAAUUGGUUGUACACUGUUGUUUCUGUUGUAUUUCUCUAUUUUUAAAGAAGGGAUGGGAUUCUGUAUUUCUUUUUCUUCUUCCCCAGUCCUUUAAAAGUCGAAAGUGUAGGGCUGCUCAGCCAAACACAAAAAAAUGGCAGCCAUCCAUGUUCUAGUUGCAGCUAUUAAAAGGCAAGAACGCAAUUUCCAAUGUUAAAAUAAUGCACUUUGCUACUCGCUUAUGGAUUGUAUGUCUAUAGAUGUAUUUUCUAAGCAGUUUCCCCAUUUUAUAUUUAAUCAAAAUAUUACAGAAAAGCCAAUAAAAUAUCCAAACACUGUGACUGUUAACUGACAGUGACUUGUGUGUGAGGGUUUUUCAAGAUGGUGACCCUCUGCUGGUCAUACACUGGUCAAUAACUUCAAAGUUCGGAGAGAUCAUUCACAAGUGGCAAUGCCUUGUGGGCAGCUCUGGCCAAACAAAUAUUAAUUCGCUUCACUGGCUAGUGACACAGUCCACAUUAAAAUACAUAAAGUACAUCUCACCCGCCAGUUGGCUGUGCAGUUGCCGGUCUGGUUGUUCACCAAACGGUAAUUAGUUGACCCUUUGCUAUGACAUGUCUUUUUUGCUUUGUUUUGGUUAUUAUUAACGCAAUGACUCUGUGAAACUACAUUCCCAAGGGCAACCCCUUACUGAGCAGGACACUACGGUGGGCAGCUGAGACCGAACGCUGUCUAUUUUGAACCGAAUGAGUUGGACUUUCUCCGCACCUGGAAGAGCGAAGAGUUUUCCUCCACGACUCUUUGUCCAUUCACUACCUUCUUUUCUCAAUGAAGACAUAUCAAAAACCUAUGCCAAAUUUAGCUUUUCUGUUUUUUAUUUUCUAGAUUUUAUUGUUUUUAAAGGUAUGUACGCGCCAAGAAGUAAAUUGUCAUGCCUAUUUCACGCUGAAUGUCGAAGCUUUAAUCUACGCUUUCUUGGAUUGCCUGCAGAUUUAUCCGAGAUACUGGUAGAAAGAAGAAAAAUAAAUUGUGAUGAUUACCUUCCACUGGGAUAAACAGUAAUGGCUCUGAGCUCAAGGCAAGCAUAUCAGUUGAUCAGUGUGCAUUUUUCGACUAAUAGGUGCUUAGCCGUGAGAUACUCAUAUUAAAGCAUAGCGCCUGUGACAUUAACAGUAGUAUCAUAGAUUCAGGCAAUUAGAUGCGUUAGCUUUCAUUCUGACCUGUCUUGCUUCUUUUUUUUUUUUUAUUCCUUCUUCCAUCGAUGUAAAUCGGAAAUAGCUACAAAAAAGAUGGACAUGCCAAUGUGAAUACCUUCAGAUGCUUAUUUUCAGAUGUUGUACUUAGGGUUUAGGAAGGGGGCCUGUUUGAAAACAGAAUUUUCAAUGAAACCCUCACUGUAGAAGAUAACAAUUCAAGUGAUAGACUCCAGAAUCCAUUCCAUGGUAAAAAAAAAAAAAAAAAAAAAUGAAUGUCUUUUCACAGGCAUUUAAACACUGUCUUAUAUCUUAUAUGCAUCAUUCAGAGAAUGUUGACCUCUUAACUGAUCACCAAAGUGAAACUGGAGCAAUCACACGUGUAUAAUCUGGAUUCAGUCUGGUUCUGUAAUGAGUUGUGUUUCCUGUCAAAGGUUUCCAGACUUCCUGCCCUUAGCUGUCAGUAGUUUGACCCUUGUAAAAGCAUUGCUACUGCAUCCUAAACAAUGUCUAAGCCUAAUUCAGACACAUUGUGGAUAAAUUUAUGUUCUGAUAAAGUGCUCAUGCAUUCUAAGGCCCAUUGAAGAAGACUUGUCCAAUCCGUAUUGAAACCUGUUUAUGUGUACAAUAGUGUGAAUACUGGCCUCGGUAGUUUGCCCCUAAAUUUUGGUGCCAGUCUGGAGUGAAAAUUCAGCGGUCUGUCUGUCUACUCUAUGGGAUAGACAAGAUGGACGACAAGCAAAUGAACAUGAACAAACUUGCACAAUGUGGCAUAGGUGGGGGGGAGGGGUGUUCUGUCUUUAAUGUGAUUAAUGUAUUAUAUUAUUCUAUAAAAAAAUUAAUUAAAAACGAA